AACAGAACCGUGUGCAACGAAACGAGCGCGUCGUUUGGAAACGUUUCUGCUUUUUGAAGAUUCUUCCUUAGGACAUGUCUGGACAAGUGCUGAAAACAAAACUACCUCAAUAUAAGUAAACGAAACUCAAAUUGAGUAGUCAAUACCCACGUUUACCUCAAGACAAGGAUAAUAGACUCUUUGUUGUUUUUCGAGUUGUUGUGCAACGUUUACGGGAAUGUUCGCUGUCAGAAAUGUUCUGGGCAUUAUCGCACAAAUGCCUAAUUGUUGUGCCUCCCACCUCUUAGUGACUCACUUAUCUUUGUGUCACGGGUUACAAUCUCCAAAGAGACACAGCCCGUACAGCACCGUGGACACAGAACGCUAUUCCUCUCUAGUGAAGUCUGCCAUGUCAAGAGUCAGCUCACAGACCCCUCUGACUAUCCUGGAGGAGGAUGACCACAUUUAUGGACCUGUUCUUAAGUCUCCCCCACCGACCACACUCACGAGAGGAGAGGUGAGGACACCCAAAGUGCUCCAUCCUUUUUUACAUCCCCAAGAGAUAACAGAGGAGGAGGCAGAGACAGGAGGACCACCAGCUCGGAUCCACCUGAACAGGGGACAGGGCAGGAGUGCUAUCCCAAGUGUGACUCGCAUCCUGCAGCAGACUAUGUCCACAGAGCAGAUGUUUUACCUGGAGAGAUGGAAGAGGAGGAUGGUGCAGGAGCUUGGAGAGGAGGGCUUCAAGGAGUACAGCCAGAAUCUAUUUAAACAGGGGAAGACAUUUCAUUCAGUUUUGGAGGAGACUUUAACAUCUGGUGUGAAAUGGACUGACCGGGACCCCUUUGAGAUGUCCCAGUACCCCCCUGAGGUCUGCGGGUACAUGAAGAGUGUGUCACAUGUCCUGGAUGAUGUCCGAGAAGUGCAUGCUAUAGAGAGCACUGUUCAACACAACACACUGAAUUAUCUCGGCAUUGUGGACUGUGUGGCUCGCUACAGAGGUGUCUUAUGCGUAAUUGAUUGGAAGACUUCAGAAAAACCGAAACCAUUUCUCAGCAACACAUAUGACAACCCAAUCCAAGUCGCAGCCUACGCAGGAGCUUUGAACACUGAUGCCAACUACAAAUACCAGGUUGAGAAUGGGCUAAUAGUUGUCGCCUACAAAGAUGGCUCACCUGCUCACGCCCAUCAGUUGAACUUUGAGCUGAUGUUAGAUUACUGGAAAACAUGGCUGCUCCGUCUCGAAGAUUAUUUUGAAAAGAGGUCUGCUCAAGCUUCAAAUAACUUUCCAGAAAAGAGAUGAGCUGCAGACAAGUUUGAUUUGAUGUUAUUGAUUGAGAACUGAAUUAAUUUUUUUUAUGCAAACAACAACAAUCAUUAUUUAGCAUUUGGGGUGAAGUCAAACCAAGAUUCUCUAUAUGUAGGUUCUUCUUCGUUAAAUCCUAACCCUUUGAAAAGCUCAUAAGAGACUGUAUUGCCCUCUUCAAUGAAGCAAUACACUGGAUAUCCCUCAGUAAAGAGUCUUCUAGCCAGUUCACUGAUCACCACUUUGGCAUAGCCCUUUCCUCUAUGUUCAGGAACGGUGUACAACAUUCCCAUAGAGCAGCAUGCAUAUGUUAAAACCCAGGACACGGGCCUUCCUUCUGCAUCAAAAACGCAACAGGAUGGGAAGUU